GAGGGACACAGGGCACAAUAUAUAUCGGUCCUCCACGUCUCCCAGAUACCAUCCUCAUGGUAAAGGUCGCGACAUGGGCUGGUUCCAUCCAGACUCGACAGUAGUUGGUAGCUCAUCGGUAGUCCCAUGCUGGCGUUGGUUGAGCGGCGUAUAAGCCGGGGUGUUGGGGUAGAAUGGCCUGCUAACGCAUCGCCCCGUACGCUACACCCCAGUAUCCGCAAAUUUUCAACAGACAGUGAUUCUGAAUGGCUGGCUGUUCUUCGGCGCUUCAGUAGCCUGCGCUAUCUCACCGAAAGUGCUGCCGGCAAACAUCGGACGGGGAGCCGUUUCGACCAAUCGCCGCUGGUAACAGCCAGCACUAAAGCACAGAAUGGACGUGCUCCUCCGAGCGGUCCCACUUAGUUGUUGAGCCUCAUGAGACAAAUCCCUCGCAGAUGGGGCUCAAUAGCAUCUCCGCGUUGCCAACCCCAUGGAGAGACGUAGCGCUGAAAAAAACUGGAAUGCGCU